GUGAAUUAAAAGAAAAAUAAAGGAACGGUGGUAAUGAAAGGCCUAACACGCAACCAGUCGAGCAGAGGGGUUGGAAGCAGGAAACGUGAAUAAAAUACUAUACAUCUGGCACUGACCUGACCUCUUCCUCACCUACAUCACUUUUCCUUCCCGUUAUUCAAAGCCGCGUUGUUACCCAUUCCCCUGGACCGGACUCCCCACUCGCCACUACAUCAUAUACUUUCCUUUCAAAUCCGCCCAAUCCCAAUCUCCUUUACCAGAUAGAUCUUCGCAGGAGCAGAUAUUAUUGCGCGUGUCCCAUUCUCUUCUCCAACAAUUUUCGUAUUAGGUUUCAUGAUUUGAUAAUUACUACCCAAUAUUUAGUAUAUACACAAAUGGAGGUUAAGCUAUGGAAUGACAAACGAGAGAGAGAGAUGUAUGAAAACUUUGCGGAGCUGUUUGCCAUAAUAAAAGCAACAGAAAAGCUUGAAAAAGCGUAUGUCCGAGAUGUUAUAUCAUCAACCGAGUAUGAAAACGAAUGCCAAAAAUUGAUUGCACAUUUCAAGACUCUGUCCUCUGGAUUGAAGGACACUGUCCCAAGCAUUGAACGGUUUCACGACAUCUACAAAAUGGAUUGCCCGUCUGCCCUAAACCGCCUGGUGACCUCAGGGGUGCCUGCAACAGUUGAGCACCAGGCAGCUGCUGCCGUAUCAGCUUCCACUUCGGCUGCUGUUGUGGCGGAGUGUGUGCAGAACUUCAUCACAGCCAUGGACUCUCUGAAACUCAACAUGGUUGCCGUUGACCAGGUGCACCCUCUGCUGUCUGACUUGUCAGCCUCUCUUAACAAGCUCUCGAUCUUGCCGCCUGAUUUUGAAGGUAAGACUAAAAUGAAGGAAUGGCUUUAUAGGCUGGCUAAAAUGGGUGCCGCUGAUGAGUUGACCGAGCAACAGUCUCGGCAGCUGCACUUUGACCUUGAAUCUUCAUACAAUUCCUUCAUGGCGGCACUGCCCUCUGCCGGGACUUAGAUGAUGAAUUGAAUUUGAGUGCUAAUUAAUGGUUUGUUUCAUUAAAAGAAAUUAAGUGGUGCCUUGUUGAACAAAUUUUAAUUUUGUUGUGCCGAUUGACCCUAUGUGGGUUUAUUAUGGUACUACUAUUCUGUGUAUAUGCAGUUGAUCACCAACUCUUCAAUUACCACUUAAAUGCUUCACCGCUAAAGAUCCCAUGUGAGGUGUUCUAAAACUAAACCUGUUCUGGCCAAGUGGGAUCUAAUUACCACAUGAAUCUCUCUCAUAGGCUUUGACUUCAUUAAUUUGUCAAUGUUAUACUCCGUACUACGUAUCUUUCUGUAUAAGAUUUAUGUAUUUUUUCCUUAAUAUCUAAACUUGAUUAUAUUAUUUGCAAUGGAGUCAAAGAUUCAUUAUUUUUUGGCUUGAGAAUAUACUGGAA